AUGAUAGGACGGCCUUUUAGUUCACUUUCUUCGCUCUUGGCCCGCCGGGCAGCCUCCCGAAUGGGGACGCCAAUGAGCUCCCUGGGCCCGCUCGGCCAAGUGGCUGCAGUAGACAUGUCAGUUCAAUUUGCCUGCUUUGCAGUAGCAGCUGCCCUUCAAACAGAGAAGUUCUACGACAUCUCUGCCAGUUUGACGUACGUGCUCUGCGUUCUCCUCUCCUUUCGGGCUGGCGGCCGAUCCACGAGGUGCAAAGUCAACUCUGGUCUCGUCAUCGCAUGGGCCCUGCGCCUGGGCAGUUUUCUGCUGUGGCGCGUGGUUCAUGACGGAGGCGACAGCCGAUUUGAGAAGGUCAAGAUGCAUCCCAGCAAAUUCUUCGUUUUCUGGGCUGUCCAGGCAGUCUGGAUUCUUCUGACCGCCCUCCCUGUGUACCUCUCCAACAGCAAGCCGAACACAGAGGCCGAGCUUGAAGAAGGCCUGCAGAGGCGCGGGAAAGAGAAGGUUUGCUGGCGGGAUAUUCUGGGCUGGAGUCUAUGGGGAGCUGGCUUCACCGUUCAGGUCGUUGCAGACGUGCAGAAGAGACUCUUCCAGGCAGACCCGAGGAACAAAGGCCUUUGGAUUCAGACGGGCUUGUGGAAACUGGCCCAACAUCCGAACUACUUUGGCGAGAUUUGCAUGUGGUGGGGCCUCUUCCUUAGUUGCUCAACGACUCUCAGAGGAUGGGAGCUUCUCUCCGUGGCAUCUCCUUGCUUUGUCGCCUUCCUGCUGCUCCGCGUGAGUGGCGUGCCUCUUCUCCGCAAGGCCAUUGAGACUGCUCUUGUCAGACUGGUUCAGCUCUACUAA